AUGGCGGCAACCCCUCAGGGAACCCGCGAGUUACAAACAGAGCUGGAUCCCGAGUUGCUGAGAGGGGUUCCUUUGCCUGUUUGCCUCAGCGGCUGGGCCAAGCAUUUCGUGCCGCCGGACCCUGGGAUGUUCAACGUGGAUCACGGGGACUACGCUCUCAGCCGAGCCACCGACUCCUACGACGAGUUCCUGAGCCACGACUGGGCGACCCCAAGGCUGCUGAAGCUGGUGUCCAUGUUGAUCAUCUAUAACAGUAGCGCCGCUGCUGGCUUUUGUUUGCUGGCGAGUGUUUUAUGUGGCGUGCUGCAAGCAAGCGGCGUGCUGCCCGUGGAUUGGUGGACGCUUCUUCUUUUGCACGCAUCCUUCUGGAUAGUGCUUCUGUUCUGGCAGCGUUUGCGAGGCAUAUUUCUGAAGCCUGCAACUAUCUUCCUGGAUCGACUUUGCAUCGCACAGCAUGACGAAGAGCUGAAGCAGAAAGGGAUUCUGGGCCUGGCAGGCUUUCUAGACAGAUCCCGACAGCUCACCAUUCUUUGGUCUCAUAGAUACUUUUCGAGAAUCUGGUGUACCUAUGAGGUAGCCACAUUCCUCCGGGACGCAAAAAAACAGAAGCCGAUUCUGGUGAUGCCUGUAAAGAUCGCUUUGAUCCUUUUCCUUUUCGGCCUGAGUGAGCACAUCAUCAUGUAUUGGUAUGUGCAAGCCUCAAGCAUCAUGGCACGUGAUGUCGCAGACAUCGACCUGGGCAAUCUGUGGACACUCUUCCUGACCUUCGCACCUAUAUUGGCCCUGACGGUUCCGGGGGUCUUCUACAUAGCUCUGGGUGUGAUGCAGGAGCUACAGGAGCUGCCACAACAGCUGGCUAAUUUCAGCGUCCAGAGCGCGCAGUGCUUCUGCUGCUCCAAUGACCACAAGCAUCCACAGACUGGGGAAGCCAUACCUUGCGACCGUGAAUUGAUCUUCGGCAUGCUGAAGCGAUGGUAUGGGAAUCCUCAUGGGAAGGCCGACGAACAUCUGCAACUCUUCGACCGACAGGUGAAGGAGGGCCUGGCGCCCACCGUCAUGCGGAGCUUGGGGCGAGGUUGGCUGCCGCUUCGGUACAUUCUUGCCAUGGUUUGCGUCUCCGCUGUGCCGUCGCUUUCUCGAACCAUAGCGGUCCUGGCAGUAGGACCUCCGCAAGCUUUGGCGGGAUAUUCAUCGCUUGUGUGGAGACUGCGUGUGUGUAUGGACUAUGGCAUGGCCUGCGUGCUUACAUUCUCUUGGGUGCAGGUAGGCCUGUAUGUUCUUCACUACGCUGGAUCACGGGUGAAGCAGCAGAACCGUUGGUUUUAUGCGGUCGUCUUGUGGGUGCCUGCUUGCCUUCCCCUGUCCGUUGAAUGGUUUAGCUUUCAGCUGUCGAUGAUUCACACGGCCGAUGAUAGCCUGAUUCCCCUGAUACCCUUCCUCACAUGGACAGGGUUGCACAUUUUGCUCCUGCGAUUUUCGGAUGGACCCGCUGGGCAUGUACAGUUUGCCGGUGCUGUACCAGACAAACCCGAGCCUCUCUUCCAAGAAGCGACGCUUGAGGUCGUUGUCGAUGAACAGAGCACUUCUGACUCCAUCUCUGUUUUCUCUACCUGA